UGUAAGGCUAUCAUCCCGACAUCGUCUCGCAGCUUCUGAUUUUUUACAUUUUUACAAUAUAUUAUUAGAUUAUUCGUCACAAAAGUUUAUGGGUCCUUUUUUUGCGAAAGCUUUAGACACACACUUAGCAAAAAAAUGUAUAAAGAAUGUAAAUUGUAAUAUAAUAUUUAAUAAAGGGCGCAAAAUAUAGCGACGCAUGCGCGAUAAAAGAAAACAUAUAUAGGUAAGAUCUAAUAGAUAUAGUAAGAUGACGUCUGCUUGGACUUGCGCAGCUGAUACAGCUUUGCAGCUUUUGUGAGUUUCGCUCCGAAACUGCAUCAGGAGCGAAUUACAGCCGUAAGAAUUGUCAGCUUUGUUAGUCUUUCAAUUAAACCAAGAUGUGGUACGAGGCACUGCCGCCCCUGCUGAUCAUCGGGACCCUUAUGUACUCGUACCAAAUUACGAGUACCUUGAUAACGAAGGCUAUGUUCGGAAACCCUUACCGUAGAUUGACCCAUGAUAGUUGGAUGCGUCAGAUGAUCCACAGAGAUCAGAUGAUGGCUGGCGAUUGUUUCACACAAGUGGGCCCAGAGACGCUCCCCGAUGAAUGAACUUCUUCAGAGUGCAGUCCAGCAUAGAGUACAAUACAAUUUACCACACCGACUGGAGUGAAAAGAGCGAAGAAAAAACUCUCUUGUGGAUGCUAUUAUUCGUGCGUAUUUUUUGUUAACAAAAAAUAAAAUAAAAAAACGAUUCCAAGUAA